ACGGAGUUUGUGCAUGAAUAAGACGAUUUUAUUGUUAUAGAGCUGGCUGAGGAAUUUUCUGUGAAAAAAAGUAAUAAGGACCUCUAAAAAUAAAUUAAAAAUACUUCCAAAGGAUUCUCCGCGAUUUCCUACACCGCCAUCUUGGAUAUAUUUUCUUAAAGCUCUAAAUGAAUAUAAAAGCAAAAGAGCUAAAAGAUAGGUAAAAAUACAUCUUAAUAGUCUUCAAAGGAACUUUUAAAAGUUCAUUUUGAAUACAUUUUUUGUGUGAAAAAAGGACAAAAAGAACAAAGUUUAAUGCAAUGAAGUUAGCUGCAGGAAUUAUCCUUUUGAUAUUUUGUCAAACUUUGAAUGAAGCAAAUGCAGCUGCUGCAUUUAGAUCAGCUGAAUCGCACUACAUCAAUGAUGUUGAAGUUACGGAAAACUCCAUUGAGGAUGACGUGAAAACCGAGAGUCCGGCAAAAGCAUCCAGAAGACGUAUCUUUGAGUCCCCAUUCAAUACCACCGAUAUUGUUACACCAAAGCCAAAGCUUAAGUGCCACUGUGACACCUGCCCAGAAACAAAUUUUAUCUGUGAAACCGAAACCCUUUGUUUUACAUCAGUUGAAAUCAAAAAUGGCCGAGAAAUUGUGCAGUAUCGUUGUGUCCCCGAAACGAGUGUCCUGAAGGAUCGUCUGCCCAUUCAAUGUUUAAUGUCGAAGCAAAAGGAAAAGGAAUACAAUGUACGUUGCUGCGGGACGGAUUUUUGCAACAAUGACGUCCUAACGACGACGCUCAAGGAGAGAAAUUUCAAAAGUAACGACAUGAUUAAUUGGGACAUUGUCUGCUAUUUGGUUGUCGUGACAUCCCUCCUGUGUUGCCUGGCCUUUGUGACGUAUUUGGUGUUUUGGCGCCGAAAGAAGUGCACGGGGAUUAAAACACUCGCCAUUGAUGAUUCGGAAUGCGAUAAAAUCCUCCAUGGACACAUGAUACAGAAUAUGAUUGAAGUGACUACAUCGGGAUCAGGAUCAUCAGGGCUUCCACUUUUGGUUCAACGCUCUAUUGCGCGCCAAAUUCAACUUGUUGAAAUUAUUGGGAAGGGGAGAUUUGGGGAGGUGUACCGCGGGAAGUGGCGCGGGGAGAAUGUUGCCGUGAAGAUCUUCUCAUCGCGCGAGGAGUGUUCGUGGUUCCGUGAAGCAGAAAUCUAUCAAACUGUUAUGCUGCGUCAUGAAAAUAUCCUCGGCUUCAUUGCGGCAGACAAUAAGGAUAAUGGAACAUGGACACAGCUGUGGCUUGUAACGGAUUACCAUGAAAAUGGGUCGUUAUUUGACUUCCUAACCGUCAGCACGGUCGAUACGAAAACUAUGCUAACGAUGGCACUGUCCAUUGCAACGGGCCUGGCGCAUUUGCAUAUGGAUAUCGUUGGGACAAAUGGAAAACCCGCCAUUGCACAUCGUGAUUUAAAAACCAAAAAUAUCCUCGUUAAAUCAAACCUCAGCUGCGCCAUUGGGGAUCUCGGGUUAGCCGUUAGGCAUGAUGUGAAGAAUGACACCGUUGAUAUCCCAUCAACACACCGUGUGGGUACAAAACGCUACAUGGCACCUGAAGUACUCGAGGACACGAUCAAUUCAAAUCAAUUUGAUUCAUUUAAGCGCGCCGAUGUGUACGCCUUUGGGUUGAUUCUCUGGGAAAUUGCCAGACGAUGCAAUAUUAAUGGGACCUACGAUGAAUACCAAUUACCAUACUUUGAUGUCGUUCAACCCGAUCCAACAAUCGAGGAAAUGCGUAAAGUUGUUUGUGUGGACAAUCAGAGACCCAACGUGCCCCAUCGAUGGCAUUCAAAUGGCGUCCUUCACAAUAUUGCUAAAGUUAUGCGGGAGUGUUGGUAUCAGAAUCCAGCUGCACGUCUUACAGCACUCAGAAUUAAGAAGACACUCGCAAAUAUUGGAUCAGAUGACUAAAGAACAGAUUUAUUGUGAAGCUUCCAGAGAAAAAAAAUCUUUUAAGUCUCCUACCUGCUAAUGUAGCAGUUCCCAGUGCUCCAGUAACACACCUAACUCAUAAAAUGUAUCAAGAAGAUCAAGAAGAAAGAAAGCUCAACUGUUAGAAAUCCUCUAAUCAUGAGCCAGAAUAUCCUUCAAAUCCUAAUUAUUUUUUAAACGGACAGAUUAUUGAUUUUACAUUUAAGUAUGAUGCGACACUGAAUGAGUUUGCUCGUCAAUCUCUUUCUUUUUUAUAAAUAUUAUAAAAUUAGACUGUUUUGUACCAUUUUGUAUACCCAUAAAAUAUAAUUAUAUUUUGUACGUAGUUCAAGCCUAAUUGUCACAGUAAUGUAUAGAUUUUAGCUUCUGUGUGAGCGAAUCGGUAGAAAGUUUUAACCCUUAGACUCAUUGACGGCCAUGUUUCUGUCGCUAAACGUUAUUUUAUCAUCAGACGUCUUUUCAACUGUUAAAGUUUUUUUUUUGUUUUCAAACAAGUAAUGUUUUUUUUUCUUAAAUUUGACGUUUUUUUCUCUCGUUAAACGUUUCAAAGAAAAUGUCUUCGAAAGUUUGACGUUCCUUUUCUGCCAUUAAACAUUUUAUCUAACGUUUGACGUUCUCUUUCUGUCGUUAAACGUUAUUUUAGCACUUUAAAUGUCUCCUUUAACGAUUUCCAACAAUUAGACACCAAAUAACAUUAAAGUGAGUUAAAGGGUUAAUCAGAGUUCCUCGCUUCUGUUAAAUAUCAAGCAUUCAUUUAUUAAUUACAUUUGGUGCACAACACAAAACUUCUGUAUUGAGUAAAAUAUCCAAAUGUUAACCUGCUGGCCGCCAAGACCUUGGAGCUUCCUUAGAGCGCCAAGGUGGGGUCGUUGAACGACCCCAAGAAGGAAGUCGAUUUUCUCAUAAACUAUAAAACCGGGAACUGUCGGGUCACUACCUUUAGACUCCUUAUAUAGUCCUCUUGCCCCUUGCAUCACAAAUUCUCCACCCGGAAACACGCAGAAGAAGAUAUUAGGGAAAAACAUUUUUCACUCAUUUUUCACACUUUCUUCGUGAGAAAUUUGCCACGAAGUUGACCGCAACUGCCUUUUUUUUUCACUACUUCCCCACAUUCCCCUCACUUCCCGCACCGUGAUAAAUGGCAAUAUUUCUCGAAUAUUCUUUAUUGUUUUGCACAUUUAUAUGCUUCUAAUUAUGUUUUAUGUUGUUUAUGUUACUUAUUCGCGAUAAUUCUGACACUGAGAUGGUAAAGUGAGAAAGUAAACACAACCCUUCAACCCCCUUCAACCAUAUGAUUCAUGAUGUGACUAACUUCAUUCUAAGAAAUUUUCCGCAGCAUGGCCGUUACACCAAUUUUUGAAUUCCCUUCUUCUACAUUUUCCUUAAUAACUUUUCUUGUAGUGGACGGAUUGAGAUGAAAUUUUUACACAACCUCCUCAGAUAACCAAAGAACUUAUUUCCAAAAGAUGGGAAUGGUAUCUUUUAUAUUUAUUAAGUUAUAGCACGAAAUAUAGGGCUGGGGUCGUUCAACGACCCCGCUUGGCGGCCUAGAGGUUAAUCAAUUGAAAAUUCAUUGCUUAAGCACUUAUUUUUAAUCAUUAAAGUUAUUCGUUUGAUAUGUAUACGAAAAUGUUUUAAAGAGUAUUAUUUAAUAAAAAUUAUUCUACGUUAAUUCAUAAAUUUAGCAAUAAACUGCUUAACGUAUUUUUCAAUGAAUUGUAAACAGUUUUAUUUUUAAAAAUAUUUUAAUUUAUUGUCCUUGGCGUACUCAAUACAGAAAAUCUUUGACUUGAAUAAAAUAAAUAAAAAUUGUAAAUAGACUAAUAAUGCACAUAAUUUGUAAAAUAAAACUGUUGCUAUUCUUGAAAGAAUUAUAAAGAAAGAAAGAGACAAAAAAAAUUUAAAAAAAAAUAAGAUAAAAAGUUCUCGUUGAGAGUUUUAUGAAGAAAAAGGAGCUAAAAUGUGAAAGUUGAAGGAGAAGAAAAAUGCAAUUUCAAUACUUUUUGUUUAUUUUUGCAAAUUUUUUGCACAGAAUUUGUCUCCUAAAUACCAAAAAAAAAUCUCUAAAUUUUAAUAUUAAUUAAUAAAGCAAAAAAAAAGAACAAUUAUUCUCAUUAUUGGCAUAAUAAGUAGUAGGAUUAAGUGGAGAAGGAUUUGAUAAUGUAAUUAUUUAUCUCAUAGACUGAGUGAUUGAAUCAUGGAUUGAAUAUUUUAUAUUAUUGUACUAUUAUAGUGUAUUAACAUAAGUUCACCCAAUAUUAGUAAUUUUAUAAUAUAUACCCUCCCCAAAACAAAAAGAAACUUUAUCAUUUUGAUAGAGAGCAUAAUAAUUUUCGUAUUGAAAUAAAACUUAAAAAUUUACCUAAAU